AUGUUGUCCCAUAUCAUAACAUGGACACCCAACACCGGCCAGCGUGGGAUUAUCACGGUCAAGGUUAUCACGGUCAAGAUUAUCACGGUCAAGAUUAUCACGGUCAAGAUCAUCACGGUCAAGAUUAUCACGGCCAAGAUUAUCACGGUCAAGAUUCGGGCGACGAGUUUCAUCAUGACAGAGCCAGCCAUGGUCAACAGCGCGCAGUCGUGA